AUGACAACAAAAGAGAUAUUAGAUAAACAACAAUUUUAUAAUAAAGAUGAACUGAAGAAGCUAAAAAGAGAUGAAUUGGUAGAAAUAAUGGUUAAAUACUCAUUAAAACAUAGUGGUAUUAGAAAAGAUAUGCUUAUCUUUGCGAUCAUUCAACAUCAAGAACAUCUUAUUGAUUUGAAAUCAAAAACUACCGAUGGCUGCUCUCUAUUGCUAGCGUUUCCAAAGAGAUAUUCAAGUUGA